AUGGCCCGUUCUGUCCCUAAGGCUACGUUAAAUUCAUUCAAUCUCAAGCUAGAAGAUAAUCUAAAUGAAUAUGUUGUACUAACUAUAGGCAAAUACGAUCGUGACAAUUUAAGAGAAAACCUUUUGAUGAUGGUUUGUGAAGAUCGUUUACGAGGUUUCGAUGGCAUUAAUUCAAGCCUUACAUUCAUCGACUUGCGACAUGAUACGAACAUCUUUGUGAUUAUUUCUGGCAGAUUAGGAAAGAAGUAUGCACGUCUAUUUGCCACGAAACCACAAAUUACUGGUCUGUAUGUGUAUUGUAUCGAUGAAAAUAAACAUCUAACAUGGACCAAAAAAUUGCAGAAGAUACGCUGCACUGUUUCGAAUCCUACACAGUUACUCAGUCGACUUCACGCCGAUAUAAAGCAGGUGAGUGGAAGAUGGCCCAUUGGUGAACAAUCAUUUCAAAAAUCCUCCUCUAUUACUUCGGAGUGGUAUCAUUUAUUUCUUCUCGCAAUCAGCUAUCGACCUCAGUGUAUUGAAAAAUCUUAUCGUGAAAUGUUUGAUGAAUGUCGAGUAUACUACAGGGGCAAUCCGAGUAUGCUUAAACAAAUAAACAACUUUGCUGAAACGUACAAACCUAGUGAGGCAAUCCGUGAGUACACACGAGAAAGUUUUCUUUAUCGCAUUGUUAACCGUGCGUUACGUACACAAAAUAUGGAAAUCAUCAAGAAAUUUAGCCCAUUUAUCGCGGAUCUAAACUAUCAACUGCAUAAACAUCAUCAGGAAUAUUAUCAUUCCAAAAAUCAUUCCAUUCGUGCUGUGUAUCGAGGACAAAUGUUGAGCGUUGAUGAACUUGAAUACCUGCGUUCAGUUUGUAAAUCGAGAAACCCGAUUAUUAAGUUGACGACAUUUUGUUCGGCGUCACUUGAUCCUGCAGUUGCAUUGAAUUUUGCGCUUUCUCAAAACGAUCGCGUUCCUUGUCUGUUUGAGAUUAUUAUUACCAACAAGUACGACAUGGAACAAAGUCAUGACACCGAUUAUAGACAAGCGUUCGCCGAUAUUUCCUCCUUAUCAUUCAUGCCACAUGAGCAAGAAGUGCUCUUUUCUCUUCUUACCCAUUUCCGUAUCAAAAAUGUCGACGAUUCAAUAAUUCAUCCUGAUCAUCCAUGGGUACUGAUUGUCCUCGAACUCGAUACGGAUAAGAAAAGAGAAUCCGAGUAUAGUCAUUUCUAUAUUAUCAAAUGCAUCGAAAACGAAAAAGAUCCACAGAAUUAUGCCGAUAUUUUGAAUCUUUUCCAAGCGAACACGCAGGAUGAAGUGAAAUUCAAUAAGAUGAAUUGGAAAAAAUGGUGGUCUAAUUUAUCAAAAUUUUGGGGAACGAACAAACAAGGUGAGCAGUCGCUACUUCUGAUAUUCUACCAAUGUUUUACGGAAGAUAAAGAUUGGUCCAGAAAAGCAGUGGCAAUGUACAAAGAACUUCUGCAUUCUCAUAGUGAAAUUCAAUUACUUCAGUCAUCUUUUCCACUUUUAUUUGGAGCAUACAAAACAUUUCAAGUGACCCCAACGAAAUGGAUUGCUUUGUACGAAGAUUAUUUGAAACAGUUUUGCACAGCGAAUACGAAGCAAGUCAUCGAAUGUCUCUAUUUUGCUGGAGAAACUUAUGAGAUGAUUUCUGAUAAAGAACGUGCAUUGGAAAGCUAUCAAACAGCCAUUGCUUUAAAUCUGAAUGAUGAGCACCAGAUGAAUCGGAAGAUAGAAGAUCGGUUGAGGAAGUUACAGAAGUCUUCCAAAACAAUCGCAACAAUGCAUAGCAACCGUAGAGCAGCGAUCAAUGACACUGACAAAGAUAUUCAACGAAUGUAUCAGGCUCAAGAAGAGCAAUGGUCAACUUUCUGGAAGCUCAGACGGAAUGCUGCUCCAAACGCUUCAAAGUUAAUACAUUUACGAGCACUGAGAGACUAUUUGAUGAGACGUGAGGAUUGGUAUGGUGCCUCUGAUUUAAAGAUGAUCCUUCGCUUACCAGAUGAAAAUACUCAAAAUCUGUCCGUAGAAGGUUAUCGAUCCUAUUUCUUGCCUGCUAGUCUACUUCUCGGGUUGGAAGCGAUUCGAGAAGAAACUCCUUCUACGGCAGUACCUCCCAUGACUACGCUAGACCCGUUUGAUUACCUGGACCUGUCAUAG